CACGCUUGCGCGCGAAAUCCUGUGUUACUGAUUGGACAUCGAGAUAGACCACGUGAUCUGAUUAUAAAGAGCAUCAAGCGAAAAGGCGGCCAGACGACCUACAUAGCACAAAGAAGGACUUUAGUUUGUACUGCUUACACCAGAAAAACACAUCAAAAUGGGUCGCCCUAAAGUUGAUGGAAGGCCAGGAGGAAAGAAGGCCAAGGACCCAAACAAGCCAAAGAGGUCCACAUCUGCAUAUUUCUAUUACCUGGCAUUCUGUCGGGAGGAGGCAAAGAAAGCCGGAAAAUCCAUUUCAAAGAUUGCAGAAUUCACCAAAGAGUGCUCUGAGAAAUGGAGGAAUCUUGAUGCCAAGGGAAAGAAACGCUUUGAUGAGCAGGCUGCCAACGACAAGGCCAGAUAUGACAAAGAGAUGUCAAGUUACACUGGUGGAAAAAGUUCCAAGACCAAGGACCCCAACCAGCCAAAGAAGCCAAUGACUGGCUACUUCCUGUUCCUUGCAGACUUCAGAGAAAAGCACCGUGGAAAGGACAUCCCUAACAAGGAAUUAUUAAAACUCGCUGGGGAAGAGUGGCGUGAGAUGGAUGACUCCCAGAAAAUGCCAUAUGAGAAGAAGAGCCAAGAAGAACAAAAGAAGUAUGAGGUUGCAAUGGCCAAUUUCCGGAAGGGUGGAGCAUCAGCAAAUGGUGGUGGUGAUGACGAUGAGGAUGAAGAAGACUUGGAAGAUGAAGAGGAUGAUGACGAUGAUGAAUAAGCUUGACACUGUUGUGAUUGUGUAGGAAAACUAGCAUGUGAACUAGAACCCACAUUAAGGUGUUAGACAAUGCUAUGACUAUGUAAGGUCAAUAAGCAAACAUAAAGAUUUGGGUUACACUUACAGUUCACAAAAAUGAAUUUUAGAUAUAAAAAUGUGAAUCUUAAAAAAGAAGGAACUGCACUUGAAAAGCAGUGAAACUUUCCAUUGCAUACCUCAGAAGUGCUGUAUGACUUACAUUUUCAUGACCUGCACCUUCAUCGUCAUUUUGUUCAUGUACCAUUCAUCAUCAAAGCAUUUGUCAUUCAUGUUUUAAGAAAUGGUAUCAUUGUACGCCAGCAUAUUAGUUUCUUCAUGCUUGAAUGCUGCAUGGCACAGUGACCCAUUUUGUGAAACUAUUUCAUUAUCAUUUUCACAUGUUCAUAUUCCAUGUCAUUGCAUUAUCAUUCUGUGGACCAUUAUCGAUGUGUUAAUACAAGACAGAAGAUGUAACAGUCUCUAGUUUUUUAAUCGACAUAAGUGUGUCUUAUAUAACGCUCUAUAAAUAUUAACAAUCCUUAUUUCAAUUUUGAGAAGUUAUUGGGUGUAAUGAAACUUUUUGUAAAUUGUCGGUUUUCCAAAGAUCUCAGGGUGGCUCAUGAUAUCGUUUCCCCAUUCAUGGCAUUUCUGUCUUGUUAUUUCAUUGUCUCUCUCGGUUUUAUUUUUUCUAAAAAGCAAUUUCGUAUCUUUGGCUAGGUAAUUUCAAUUAACAAGCACAUGUGUGUGUUUUUAGUCUAUAUUAAGAUUUUUAUGCAACUUCUUAUUCAGUUGAUCAUGAUUUUACAGUAUGUGUAGUUUUAUAUCGUGCAACAUCUGUUAAUAAACCAUAUUUAAUUUU